AUGGCAAAUAAAGCACUGGUGCAAUUUACGAAAUUGAAGGUCGUGUCUUAUCAUAGGCGUGAUCAGAAAGUGUCUUUGCGAGACGCCGAGAUGGGAGACCGUCCGCAGUGCCCCCCGAUCAAGACGGCUCAGCAGCCCGACCCCGUGUGCUGCUCGGCGCUGGCGGGCCAGCCGGCGUGCUGCGUGCCCAUCAAGGAGAAGCGGGCGGCGGGGCCGACGCCCGACGCGGACGUGCUGGAGAAGCUGCGGCGCGGCUACGAGCGGCUGCAGCUGUCGUCCAGCACCUCCCUGCUGCGCAAGCACCUGACGCGCGAGCUCUUCGACCGCCUCAAGGUCAAGAUGACGCAGCACGGCUCCUCGCUGCUGGACGUGGUGCAGAGCGGCUUCCAGCAUUACGACUCCAACGUGGGCGUGUACGCGCCGGACGCCGACGCUUACUCCGUCUUCUCGCAGCUGUUCGACCCGAUAAUCGCCGAAUACCACGGGUUCGGCCCCACGGACGUGCACCCGCCGCUGGACUGGGGCAACCCCGGCACGCUCAAGGACCUCGACCCGGAAAACAAGUACAUCCGCUCGACGCGGGUGCGCUGCGGUCGCUCCAUCGCGGGCUACCCGUUCAAUCCGAUGAUGACCAAAGAGCUGUACAAGCAGAUGGAGAAAGAGGCGUCGGAGGUGCUCUUGCAACUGGACGGCGUGCACGCGGGAAAAUACGAGACGCUGCGCGGCAUGAACCCCCGGUACCAGAAGCAGCUCAUCAACGACCACUACCUUUUCAAAGAGGGCGACCGGUUUCUGAUCGCGGCCAAGUCCUGCGAGCAUUGGCCGAUCGGGCGCGGCAUCUUCAUGAACGAGGACAAGACGUUUCUGGUGUGGGUGGGCGAGGAGGACCAUCUGCGAAUCAUCUCCAUGCAGAUGGGCGGGAACCUCGGGGAGGUGUACAAGCGGAUGGUGGACGGCGUGAACAAGAUCGGGCGCAAGCUGUCGUUCGUGCGUCAUCCGCGGUUGGGAUUUCUCACCUUCUGCCCCACCAACCUGGGCACGACGGUGCGCGCGUCCGUUAUGAUUCGGCUGCCGAUCAUCGGGCGCGACCUGGCGCAGCUGGAGGCCCUGGCGGAGCGGUACAACCUGCAGGUGCGCGGGUCGGAGGGCGAGCACACGGCGUCGGCCGACGGGUCGUACGACAUCUCGAACAAGCGCCGACUCGGCAUCACGGAGUUCCAGGCCGUCCACGAGAUGUACUCGGGUCUGCGGGAGAUGAUCUACCUCGAGGAGCUCAGGUCGCAGCUCGGCAAGUACCUCCCGCUGACGUGCAUCCCGCCGCUUACCUCCGCGACCAAGGCCUGUCGCGCGACCACUGCUUCUUCGACCCGCCGGACAAGUACGAUCGACAGGGCAACGUGGCGCGCGCACUGGCCCGCGGGCCGCGGCGUCUACGUUCAACCACGAGCACUCGUUCUGCGUGCUGCUCAAACGACAAGGGACCACAUCCGCGUGGUGGCGCUGCUGAGGCCGGCGGAGCGGCUGGCCGGUAGGCUGUUCCGGUCGCGUGGCAUGCGCCACGCCCGUGCUGGACCGCGGGCUCGUGCCGGCGUGCCCACGACCGCCUGGGCUACCUCACGGUGUGCCCGGGCGACGCGGGGCACGGGCUGCGGCGUCUCCGUGCUGCUGCGCGUGUCCCCGCCGUGCCGCGCACGGCGCUCGCCCACGUUGGCCCGCGUCUUACCACCUGGAGAUCCGCUACCUCGACAACGAGCCCGACUUCCACACGCCCAAGCCCGAGCGCAUCCGCUUGCGCAAGGAGGAGAGGGCGGCGGAACGCGGGGGAGGUGUACGUUGGACGCGGAGGAGGGAGGAGGAGGAGAAGGCCGAGGAGGAGGAGGAGGAAGAGGAAGAAGAAGAGGGCGAGGGCGUGUGUCCGCCGUGCCCGCACCGAGCCGGGAGCCCGCGGCGCGCGUACGAGCUAUCCCAAGCGCCUUGCCGCGGCGCCAGCGCCAGCUCAUUCGCGAAGCCAACCGCCGGCGCGUGGGACCCGGGAGCGCCAGCGCAAGCCGGGGGGCGGCCGGGCUGCGCGCGACUGGCCGCCGGCCAAGGAGCGCAUGUUUCUGCGCGCGGGGCGGCCGGCGACGCGCGUCGCUCGAGCGUCGCGACGCAACGGGCGACGCCAAGCAGGAGCGCCGCGCGCGCCAGCCGCGCCGCGCCAUCAACGACCGGCGCUGCCUCGACUCGCCGCUGAUCGACGGCGACCUGCCGCCCGAAGCGCCGCCCACGCCGCGCUCGCGCAGCGCCAAGGACAAGAAGAAGAAGAACAAGAAGCAGCCGCGCAAGGGCUCGGCCAUGGAAGACGAGAGCUCGAGUUUCUGCUCGGGCGGCCCCGAGGCCGGCACCGACGCCGCCCUGCAGCGCAAGAUGCGCCGCGCCUACUACCGCUUCAAGUGCUCCGACAGCUGCACGUCUCUUCUCAAGGAGGUGCUGAACCACGACGUUUUCCACGCGUUCAAGGACCGCCGCACGCAGUACGGCGGCUCCUUCUGGGACGUGAUCCAGGCGGGCGCCACCUACAUGAAGGAGCCCAUCGGCAUUUACGCCCCGGACCCCGACGCCUACGCCGUCUUCGGCCCGCUCUUCAACGUGGCCAUCGACGAGCUGCACUUGGGGUUCCCGCGCGACGCCGCGCAGCCCAAGCAUACGUGGGGCAACUACAAGGCCAAGAUACGCUCGCCGGACCCGGCGGGCCGCUACAUCCAGUCAACGCGCAUCCGCCUGUGCCGCAAUCUGGCGGGGUACCCGUUCGCCCCGCGGCUCACACGGGCCCUGUACAAGGAGAUCGAGGCCAAGGUGCUGCCGGCGUUCGAGCUGCUGCCCUACGACCUGGAGGGCAAGUACUUCCCGCUGGAUAAGCUGCGUGAGGAGGUGCAGAAGGAGCUGAGAGACGAGCACGUGUUGUUCGCGCGGCCCAACAAAUUCCUGCGGGCGGCUAACGUGGGGCGGUUUUGGCCCACCGGGAGGGGGCUGUUCAUGAACGAGAAGAGGGACUUCUUGGUGUGGGUGGGGAAGGACGACCACCUGCGGGUCGUCUCCAUGAGCAAGGGCCACGACCUGCAGGGGGUGUACCGGCGGUUGAUUCGCGGCGCCAUGGUGCUGGAGGAGUGCUUGGACUUCGCGCACGACGACCGUUUGGGAUACCUGACUCUGGACCCGGCCAACCUGGGCACCACGCUGCGCGCCUCCUACCUCAUCCGACUGCCGCUGCUGGCGGAGCAGGGCGCCGUGGAGGAGCUGGCCCGCAAGCACAACCUGGAGGUGCGCGGCACGUACGGCGCGCGCCGCCCGGUCAAGGACGGGCUGUACAACAUCUCCAACAGGCGGCGCCUGGGGCUGACCGAGUACGAGGCGAUCAUGGAGCUGCAGCUGGGGAUCAGCAAGCUCAUCUACGAGGAGCAGGCGCUGGAGGGCGCCCGGCACGUGGAAGAGCUGGAGCGCCUCUCCGCCGCCGCCGGCUUCGACGUGGUCUCGCUGCUGGAGGCGACGACCACGGAAGAUGCGAAGCCCUCCGCGGAGGGGAAGGCUGGCGACAAAAAAACAGCAAAGAAGAAGAACGCGGCGGGGAAGAAGAAAAAGAAGGGGAACGUUUCCUUUUCGGAUGAGGAGGACGAGGACAAUAACACUUCCAAAAGAUCCAGAAGCGGGUCCAGAAAAAGGACGCCAACUAUAACUCAGAGCGAAACGAUUGUAGAGGAGAGUGAAGAAGACUCCAGCCCAACUUCGUCUUCUAGUGCAUCCGCUUCUUCUCUAGUCAAGAGGCGCAAAAAAAUAGUAAAGAAGAAUAAGAAAAAAGUGAAAACAACUGACAAAAAUAGUGCUCAUGUAACAUAA